AUGCUUCGUACGCCCGCCCUCUUCAGCUACUCCGAGGAUGUGGGCGGGACAAUCCUGAAGCAGUUGCAACAUAUUCAUCACACGGGAGUGAUCGGAGACGUCAACUUUGGCGACGAAUCUGUCCCUCUUCGCGGAUUUGAAGGCGUAAGAUCUCGUGGAGGUGCACGUGUAUACGGCUCUUGGCGGUCUGGAAAUUUUCCCGCACAAUUGAGAGGGCUAGCAAUGGAUCAACGAUUAGCACCAGUAUUGACGAUGUGCUUCAUGAUCAGAAUUGAAGAACCUCUGCUGUCGCGUACUCCAAUAAUGAAUGGCACGCACAUCAAUGAUUGUUUCAUUAUAACAUCAACACAGUCCAAAAUGGACGAGUGUUUACGAAUAUUCAACCAACAAUAG